AGCACAAAGUGUAUUCUAAGUGUUUUCUCAAAGUGUAUAUAUAUAAAAGUGAACACUUAAAAAUUGAUUGCGUAAUUGUUAUACAAAGUAUACCAUCACCCAUACAUAGAGCUUAUUGGAUAGAGUGUAACAGGAUUCGCCCUAUGUGUCUGUCUAGCCGUACACAUGUUCGUGUCUGAUCCAUAUCUCCCGUCAUGAAUAAAUGAUUUUUUAAAUUUUACAGAAAUGUUAACCACAUCCAAGAUUAUGUGUUGCAGGUCAAAGUUCAAUGUCACAAAGCUUAAUUGUCAUAUAUUCUACUAAUACAGCUAGUGACUUCAUAUUUGGCAUGUAGGUGUACCUGAUGGAGCCACCAAUUUUCAGUGGUAACAUUUGAAGGUCAAGGUCAUCCUUCAAUGUCAAAGGUCAACUUUUGAACUAUUGCAGAUACAGAAUUGAUACUUGACAUGCAUGUGUAUCUCAUUAAGUUGCAGAUAUUCAUUUGUAACAUAACACAGUCAAGGUCAUCCUUCAAGGUCAAAUGUCAAAUUUAUUUGUGACAAGACCCUUUGGGCGCAUUGGUGUUUCAACUACACACUUUUAUUUACCAUCGCAAGGGUUACAAUUUGACAGGGUAAUAACUAACGUUUUUUUUUGUGUGCAAAUUUAAUGCCCCUUUACAGGCAGACAAAUGUUGGCAUACAUAAAAGAUGAUGAUUGAAAAUAAGCAAUCAAAAACUUCUUUAUGCCACAUCAAAGAUGUCGAUGUUAUUUCUCCUUGCAGGACAGCGUUGCCACUACAGUAAUGGUGAAUGACAAAGAGGUGAAUGUGCGGACCAUUACGGUGGAGGACCGUACUGGGAAGGUGAAAGUCAGCCUGUGGCGCAACAUUGCAGCAGAGCCUGUGGUGUUGGGGGAUGUUGUUGCCAUCACCAAUAUUGUUGUCAACAGCAAGAGAUAUAACAAUGAGGAAUCCCUGUCGUCAACACAAUUUACAAAGAUAGAGGUUACUGACAUGCCAAACACCGAGAUGACGGCCACCAUUCUAGGACUUGACCUGGGUGAUGUGGAAUCCCAGUUACUCACAGAACAGGAUGGAAUCUUCAAUGUAUCAAACGAAGUGCUAGUUGCAGCCUUUCAGUGUCAGUUGGAAGACAUUACAGCCAAACUACCAAAAACACUGAAUUUCAUAGCCAAAGGACAGUCUGUGGUCACCUUUAAUGAGUGAAAAAUCAUGUUCAAAGUUUAUAGUUUAGAGAUGUUUACUUUUCAUACACUGGAGCAUGACAGUCUGUGGUCACCUUUAAUGAGUGAAAAAUCAUGUUUAUAGUUUAGAGAUGUUUACUUUUCAUACACUGGAGCAUUCAUAGGGUUGCCUGUUAUAUCAUUCCAUCACCAAGAAUUACCAAACUUGCUAGCUCUUGACCUGGGUGGUGUGGAAUCAAGCUUAGUCACAGAACAGGAUGGAAUCUUCACUAAAUCGAACGAGGAUCUAGUUAUCACCUAGGAUUACCAAACUUAGUGUGAGGAUGCAUAUAUUGAAUGCAGCGUUCCACUUUCAUCAGUUUCAUGUCCUUCUGACGUUGACCUUUACAUUUGAUCUUCAUUAUUUAGAGUAAUAUUCUUGAUGAAAAUUCACUUUAAAACACACAAAAAUCUAUCUUUGUCUGUUAGAGGACAUUACCUAUCUGUCAUUGAUGUGACAGAUUGAUGCAUUAUUUGAUGUGAAAGUGGCGUAUUUUACCUAUUAUAAAAGUCAUUUGAAUUCAAUUUGAGAAUUUUAUUUCUCAUAGUUCCUGCCCACAACUGUCAAUCAUUAUGUGAACCACCAGCCGCGUUUCACAUUUUUACUUUAAAGGUACCAGUAUGAAACAAGAGCAGCAAUGUGCCAAUCAACCUCUUGUGUACUUUUUAAUUGGCCAAUUGUAAAGCACGCAACGGUUCGUAAACUAAUUUACAAUCUGGGGUGGGAAUCAUGAGGCAUUAAAAUCCUCACACUUUAUUCAUUUUGGUGUAAUUAGGGACCCCCACACAUCAAUGUGGGAGCCCUAUAGUAAUCACCCUGUUUGUCUGUCCGUCCAUUCGUUUUUUGUUUUUCUUCCAUAACUUCAGUAUUUCUUAACACAUUAUCCCCUAUGCUAUAUUUAGAUUCCGACGUCAUUUUUAUAUUUUUAGCUAACCAAAAAUAGUCUUGAAGGCUUGAAGUAUCGGUUUAUCUCAAUGGUUUUAAAGGCAUUAUGGGAUAUAGAGCAUUUGCUCCUAAGGAGCAAAUGCUCUAUUUCUCACAAUUUCUUCAAACAUCAGCCACAAUAAUUGUGCAAUAAUGUGUCUCUAGGAGAUAAUGAGUUAAUGGAAUUUGAUAAAACUUCAUACAAUAGUAAAGCUCAAUGGGAAGAAAUGCAGUGUACAAGAACCAUAGCUCUAAUUUACCUAAUUAUGGAGUUAUUGACCUUUGUUACUUUGUCUUGUCCGGAACAUAACUUGAAAACUACUGUAUGGAAUUUCAUAAAACAUCAUACAAUGGUAAAGUUCAAUGAUAGGAAGUGCAGUAAUUUGCUUAAUUACAGAGUUAUUGCCCUUUGUUACUUUUUCUUGUCCAGAGCAAAACUUGGAAACUACUGGAUGGAAUUUCAUAAUACUUCAUACAAUGUUAAAACUCAAUGAGAUGAAGUGCAGUGUACAAGAACCAUAACUCUUAAUUUGCUAAUUAUGGAGCUAUUGUCCUUUGGU